AUGCAGUACUUGCAAGUCAGUCUGAUCUUACGCAAUUCGUCGGAUCCGCGAGAGCGCCGUGCAUUUGAGUAUUACUUCCAUCGGGUAGGGCCAGCCCUUGCCGGUGCAUUGGAUCUCAACUUCUGGAGCGGAUCGGUGUUACAGAUCUGCCAACUGGAGCCUGCUGUAUGGGAUGCAGUCAUCUCACUGAGUGUGCUGUACGAGAGGCCACCUAUCUGCGACGCAAAACCAUUAUCUCUUCUCAACAAUCCAGCUGAUGUGCGCCAUGGCUAUCACGAAGAAGCUUUGGUGUGGUACUCGCGCUCCCUGGCUGCUUUACAGCGGCGAAUCAACCAAGGCGUUGCCGAUCUCACCAUAUCCAUGAUCAGCUGUGUACUCUUCAUUGCUAUUGAAUUAUUGCAAGGCAAUAAAUCAGCCGCAGUCAUCCUGUAUACGAAUGGUGCACGAUUAUUGGCUAGCACCAUGGCUUCGGCUAGAGGUUCUGAACUUUUGAUGACUACUAUCGUCCCCAUUUUUCGAAGAUUGGGGACGCAAUUCCUUAUUUCGACAGAUGGCACUUUGUCAGAUGCUUUGCCCCAGGAUCGGACAAUCCAAGAAGUAGCCUUUGUCACUAUCAGUGAAGCGAGAAAUGAACUUCUGGGCCUCAUUGCGGAAUGGAAAGUCUUUAACAAGGAUAUCAAAGCUCAAAUUGCAGCAGCCAACGAGGAGAUCCCUGAUUUGUCUGCUCUUGAGAUGCGACAAGAAUCUCUAGAAGAACGCCUCCAUAUCUGGUACGCAUGUCUCACGCCAUUAAUGCCAAAACAAAAUACAAAUCUCUACCCAGCCGCAGAUGAUGUUGAUGGCUUGAUGUCUCUCCUUCUCAUGACUCAUAUCAGCAUUCUAAUUGAAACGAAAACCUCUCUAAUUUCCAAUGAAAUGGCCUACGAUGCAUACGAAUCGGAUUUUGCUCAGAUCCUGGAAUAUGCCCCCAAGGCUACCAAUGCGACCCAUAACUUAGAUGGCAGCCAGCCAUACUUCAUGUUCGAAAUGGGCGUGUUUCUCCCGCUUUUCAUCACUGCUCUGAAAUGCCGAUUCCCUAAUUUACGACGUCGGGCACUGAUGUUUCUCCAGGUGGCCCCGCCGGUACAGGGUCUAUGCAUGUGUUCGCCUGUUGUUCAAAUAAUUUCGAUAUUGGUAUUCUUGGAAGAAUAUCCAGGUGCAAUUCUCCCUGGCGCUGGAACUAUCGAGGAGUUGUUAGCUGGAUCAGGGCGCAUUCCGGCCUCACAGCAUCGCAUCCGAACUUUCGAUGUCUCUUCCGAUGCCAACGGCGAAGGCAAAAUGAAGAAUAAAUUGAAAUACUCGGUUUACGCUUCUGGCUCCAGUGGAAAGAAUUUGCUUGUGGAAAACGAAGUUUUACUACCGGUUUUGAUGGGCACAUGA